CUUGAAACCUUGUUUGCGCAACAAUCAGCGCCGCGGAGCCGCCAAAGUGUCUAGACUGGCAUAUGAUGGGAGGCAGCCAAUGACUCCGCGGCGCUCCUCCGGGGGCCCUCAGUGUGCGUUUGAGGAGAACAAAAAAGAGAGAGGGCGCCGAGCGGGGGAGCGAGCGAGGGAGCGGAGCCCAGAGAAAGAGCCGCCGGGCGCUGCCUCGCCAAACCUCGCUGGGACCGCGGGGCCACCGGGAGGCACUUUGGUGGAGGGGGGAAGGGGGCGACCUCGGCAGCCGCGGCGCCCGAAGCGACCCAGCACAGCGUGGGGCGGGCUGCGACCUCUGCCUCGGUGGAUUGCAUUUUUAAUUAAGGAUUCCUAGCUGCUCUUGGGAUUUUUACGGCUUCCACUCAUGUGUUGACACCCGCGUUCAGGAGAGAUUUACUCCAAGUGCACCGAGCGCCCGGGACCUGAGACGGAGUUGCUUUUCGGAUCUGGGAAUUAUCCACAAGCGUCAGUUUCGGAUCCUGCAGGGAAAGCCCAUGCAGCGUAGCACUGGGCUUUUGAAGGCAGAGUUGUGCAGUCUCAUUUGGGGGUACAACGCAAGCGCUUUGUGCUUGUGUACCAGCCGCACAACUUCUGAAGGCUCGCCGGCCCAUGCGGGGUGUUUCUAGCAUCGCUUCGUCCGCGACUCCCCGAAGGCUCCAGGGCGACUGGAGUUGAGCAGUCCCGGCCCACCGCGGUCCAUGUAGCUUGCUGGUCCCGCGCGGACUGCGGCUUGGCGCGCGCGUGUUCCCGGCCCUGCCCGGCGCGAGCUCCCUCAUGUUGCAGCCCUGCGGCGCCCCUUCGACGACAGGCUGUGCGCGGUCUGCACGGCGCCCCGCGGCAGAGCUUCAUGUGGGGCUGCGGCCCGCGCAGCCGGCGCCUCGUUGAGGGAACGGACCCCCGGUAACCGGAGACCGCCUCCCCUCCCACCACCCCAGGCGCCAAAGGAUAUCGUAUGUUCAGGUCUAAACGCUCGGGGCUGGUGCGGCGACUUUGGCGAAGUCGUGUGGUCCCUGAUCGGGAGGAAGGCAGUGGCGGCAGCGGCGGUGGUGGCGAAGAGGAUGGGAGCCUGGGCAGCGGAGCUGAGCCUGCCCCGCGGGCACGAGAGGGUGGAGGCUGCGGCCGCUCUGAAGUCCGCUCGGUAGUCCCGCGGCGGCCCCGGGACGCGGUGGGACCGCGAGGCGCCCCGAUCGCCGGCAGGCGCCGGCGCACGGGGGGCCCCCCGAGGCCGGUGUCGGAGCCGGGGGCCGGAGCUGAGGGCUCCCUGCUGGAUGUGGCGGAGCCUGGAGGCCCCGGAUGGCUGCCUGAGAGUGACUGUGAGACGGUGACCUGCUGUCUCUUCUCCGAGCGGGACGCUGCGGGCGCGCCCCGGGACGCUGGUGAUCCCGCAGCCGGGCAGUCUCCGGAGCCAGAGGAGGGUGGCGGGCCUCGGGGUCGCGAAGCCCGCUCUAGGCUGCUGCUUUUGGAGCAGGAACUCAAGACCGUCACGUACUCGCUGCUCAAGCGGCUCAAGGAGCGUUCGCUGGACACGCUGCUGGAGGCGGUGGAGUCCCGCGGCGGCGUGCCGGGCGGCUGCGUGCUGGUGCCGCGCGCGGACCUCUGCCUGGGCGGCCAGCCUGCGCCACCGCAGCUGCUGCUCGGCCGCCUCUUUCGCUGGCCAGACCUGCAGCACGCAGUGGAGCUGAAACCCCUGUGCGGCUGCCACAGCUUCGCCGCUGCCGCCGACGGGCCCACGGUGUGUUGCAACCCCUACCACUUCAGCCGGCUCUGCGGGCCAGAAUCACCGCCACCCCCCUAUUCUCGGCUGUCUCCUCGUGACCAGUACAAGCCACUGGAUCUGUCCGAUUCCACAUUGUCUUACACUGAAACCGAGGCCACCAACUCCCUCAUCACUGCUCCGGGUGAAUUCUCAGAUGCCAGCAUGUCUCCAGACGCCACCAAGCCGAGCCACUGGUGCAGCGUGGCGUACUGGGAGCACCGGACGCGCGUGGGCCGCCUCUAUGCGGUGUAUGACCAGGCCGUCAGCAUCUUCUACGACCUACCUCAGGGCAGCGGCUUCUGCCUGGGCCAGCUCAACCUGGAGCAGCGCAGCGAGUCGGUGCGGCGCACGCGCAGCAAGAUCGGCUUCGGCAUCCUGCUCAGCAAGGAGCCGGAUGGUGUGUGGGCCUACAACCGGGGCGAGCACCCCAUCUUUGUCAACUCCCCAACGCUGGAUGCGCCUGGAGGUCGCGCCCUGGUCGUGCGCAAGGUGCCACCGGGCUACUCCAUCAAAGUGUUCGACUUUGAGCGCUCAGGGCUGCUGCAGCACGCAGACGCCGCCCAUGGCCCCUAUGAUCCACACAGCGUACGCAUCAGCUUUGCCAAGGGCUGGGGACCCUGCUACUCACGACAGUUCAUCACCUCCUGCCCCUGUUGGCUGGAGAUACUCCUCAACAACCACAGAUAGCAUCGAGGCUGCCACUGCGCUGCAGCGUCCCCCCACCUCCGGGGGUCAGCGCCCAGAGACACCACCCCAGGGACAACCUCGCCCUCCCCCCCAGAUAUCAUCUACCUAGAUUUAAUAUAAAGUUUUAUAUAUUAUAUGGAAAUAUAUAUUAUACUUGUAAUUAUGGAGUCAUUUUUACAACGUAAUUAUUUAUAUAUGGUGCAAUGUGUGUAUAUGGAGAAACAAGAAAGAUGCACUUUGGCUUGUAAUUCUUUCAAUACAGAUAUAUUUUUUCUUUCUUUCCUUCUUUACUUUUUUAAAGAAAAUUAUACAGCAGAACCAGGUGGAAAAGCCUGGGUUUGAUGUAUAGUUUUUUAAAAAUAUUAAUGCCCAGACAAAACUAAUACCAGUCACUCUUGAUAAUAAAGUGUUUGCAUUAUA